AUGGAUGCAAAUAAUUGGAAAAAUGGUAAAGAGCGAGAUGAUGUGUUCAUCGUUGAACGCGUUAUCGACAUGCGAUAUAAUUCGAAAACGAAAACAAGGGAAUAUUUAUUAAAAUGGAUGGGAUAUACGGAUGAAGAAAAUACUUGGGAACCUGUUGAAAAUUUGGUUUAUUUUUAUUAA